CCCGCCGCCGCGCCAUGACCUCCAGCCACAUUGCGACGCCGGGCGGGCGCGCCGCAGAUCCCGCGGCGCUGGUGGCGGCGCUGCACCUCCUGCCGGCGCCCACGCCCAACCUGGAGAUCAAGUACACCAAGAUCUUCAUUAACAAUGAGUGGCAGAACUCAGAGAGUGGGCGAGUGUUCCCAGUCUAUAACCCAGCCACGGGAGAACAAGUGUGUGAAGUUGAAGAAGCAGACAAGGCAGACAUAGACAAAGCCGUGCAGGCAGCCCGCUUGGCCUUCUCUCUUGGUUCAGUGUGGAGAAGGAUGGAUGCAUCGGAGAGAGGACGUCUUCUGGACAAGCUGGCAGACUUGGUGGAGCGAGACCGAGCAAUUCUUGCAACCAUGGAGUCCCUAAAUGGUGGCAAACCAUUCCUCCAAGCUUUUUAUGUGGAUUUGCAAGGCGUCAUCAAAACACUUCGGUAUUACGCUGGCUGGGCUGAUAAAAUUCAUGGAAUGACCAUUCCUGUAGAUGGAGAUUACUUCACCUUCACAAGACAUGAGCCCAUUGGGGUGUGCGGACAGAUCAUCCCGUGGAACUUUCCCCUGCUGAUGUUCACCUGGAAGAUCGCCCCGGCUCUGUGCUGCGGCAACACCGUGGUGAUUAAGCCGGCGGAGCAGACUCCGCUCAGCGCGCUCUACAUGGGGGCCCUGAUCAAAGAGGCUGGCUUUCCACCUGGAGUGAUCAAUAUUCUGCCAGGGUAUGGGCCCACAGCUGGCGCAGCGAUUGCUUCUCACAUUGGCAUAGACAAGAUUGCAUUUACGGGCUCCACAGAGGUUGGAAAGCUUAUCCAAGAAGCAGCUGGAAGAAGUAAUUUGAAGAGAGUAACUCUGGAACUUGGAGGAAAAAGUCCCAAUAUUAUUUUUGCAGAUGCAGAUUUGGACUAUGCUGUGGAGCAGGCACACCAGGGCGUGUUCUUCAACCAAGGCCAGUGCUGCACUGCGGGCUCGCGCAUCUUCGUGGAGGAAUCCAUCUAUGAGGAAUUCGUAAGGAGGAGCGUGGAGCGGGCCAAGAGACGCAUAGUGGGGAGUCCCUUUGACCCCACUACCGAGCAGGGUCCUCAGAUUGAUAAGAAACAGUACAACAAGAUCCUGGAGCUCAUCCAGAGCGGAGUGGCCGAGGGCGCCAAGCUGGAAUGUGGAGGCAAAGGACUGGGCCGGAAGGGGUUUUUUAUUGAGCCCACCGUGUUUUCCAAUGUCACCGAUGACAUGCGGAUUGCCAAGGAGGAGAUCUUUGGUCCUGUUCAGGAAAUUCUGAGGUUUAAGACUAUGGACGAAGUUAUUGAAAGAGCCAACAACUCAGACUUCGGACUUGUAGCAGCUGUCUUUACUAAUGAUAUCAACAAGGCCCUCACAGUUUCUUCUGCAAUGCAGGCUGGGACUGUAUGGAUCAACUGUUACAAUGCCUUAAAUGCCCAGAGUCCCUUUGGGGGGUUCAAGAUGUCUGGAAAUGGGAGAGAAAUGGGAGAGUUCGGUUUGCGAGAGUACUCGGAAGUUAAGACAGUCACUGUCAAGAUCCCUCAGAAGAACUCUUAAGAAGACCCAGGAGGAAGAGUUCCCGAGCCGAGAGUGCCAGUGCCCCACUGGAGCUCCUCUGCGUGCCUGGUGGUUCGUCCAUGCACCACUCUGGCCUCCCAGCCAGCAAGCCUCGGCCUGCAGAGGAGGAGGCGUGAAGCAGGACUGCCUCCCUUUCCUCCAAACUCACCAUCCUCCCCUCUUUCCACUGAGCCCCCCAGCUUAGUGGGGACCAUGUUAGCUUCCUUUUCUCCUCUUUUCAGCUGCCAGAUCCAAGCCAAUCUCUAACCUAGAUGAAGGGCAUUUAUUUAAAAGUAUCAAACAUAACCUAGUGAAUGUGGAACACAUAUAUAGCCUUCUGUAUUUAACAGUUUCUGCUUUCUAACCAUACCUGUUUUCUAUUUAUAACCCUUGUUUGUUUGUGAUGUUUCAAAGAACUCUCUCCUUGCUGUUAUUUACAAAUGACAGUGCGGUCCGCAGCCCAGUGCCCCUACAGAAGCUGGCUUUCUGAGUCCUUCCAUCGAAUGCUCUGCUCUUCUCCCGUAGUGCAUCGAAGCGAACAUACCCAUUAACCAACUAGUUACCUUUGAACUGCGAUAUAGAAUGUGAAAAUGAAGAUUUAUUUCUUUUAAUUUACUUAAGAAGAAACCUGUGGUAGCAAUAAAGCCUUUAUAUUGUGUAC